GGUUUGUGAGAGAAAUGGCAGUGAGCGUUUCRGAGCCUCUCUGUCAGACGAACAUCUACCUUGAAGGGUUUAAAGUGGAGCUGCAGGUGAGGAGACCCCUGAUGCCGGUCCGGAUGAGUCCUGAACAGGUGGGCCUGGAGAUGCUGUGUCUUUGUGGUCAGCUGGACCUCCUCAUCAGGGCGCAGAUGCAGCAGUUCCAGGAACAGUUAGGUCAAGGCUGUAGUCCAGAAGAGUCCGACACCUUUCAGACUCAAGGAUCUGAGAUUCUUGACCAGAUGCUGCAGUGCCUUGAACAUCUACCAAAGCCAAUGCCACAGCUGGAGGACUACCUGGACAUGGUGGGUCUGUCAGCUAUGUUUCCUCGUGUGGAGGUGUUCCUCAUCCAAGGCAGCCCUGUUGAAAUGCUGGAGACGCCACAGAUGGACGAAAACUUCUUCCACAUUGCCAAACUGAACCAGCUGCUGGUGCUGAGUCAGCAGCUGGAAGAAGACAUCCAACACCUGGGAAGUCAUAAGUACAUUGCCCACCAGCUCUCAGUUUUAUAUCAAGUCAUCAGCUCUUUCAGGGGAAUUCAGGUCUUCUCAGAUAUGAAGAAGGAUAUCGAGGCCAACUUCAAACAGAUGAAGCAGUCUCUGGUGGCAGAGGAAGGCUGCAGGCACGAACCUCAGCUGGCAGCUCAUUACAUCAACUGGAUUUUAGAAAUAACUCAAAGCUUAACGUCAGUGGUUCUGUCACUGCCAGAGGAACUGACGGAGGACCUUCAUCAGACCGUCAUCUUCAUGUCUCAGUUUGUGUCCUGAGUCCCGCCUGCAUCACUUCCUGUUUCCAAACCGUGGGACUGACUUUAAGAAAAAGGUGCUAUUAAAGURGAUUCAACUGAGUUAUGGAGUUGGACUGCAGACUAAUCACAAUUAUUUUCUUUUUUAUUUCAUCUCUGAAUGUGGCUUUUGUUAUUACCUGUGAUCAGUUUGGGACUGAAUGUCAUUUUGUUGAGUCUCUCCUUGCACUACACUGUAAUUUACAGCUAUUAUUUUUUAAACUAGGGUGAAAUAAAUCAAAUUGAAUGCGA